CGGGCCUCACCUGCCCGCCCAGCUCAGGAAUGCUGACCCGGGAUUGCUGACUUCCAAUGGCUGAUGCUGCUCCUGUCCCUGGCGUUUCUCCAGUUUCUCCACCGGCUGCUAGGCCCUCUCCCGGCCACAUGGGCUCCUACCCCACAGACCUGACCUUGCAGCUGCUGGCUGUGCAGAGGAAAAGCGGAUUGCCCGACCCCAACCUGCAGCAGGUCCUGCGGGGCCGGCUCCGUCUUCUGGAGAAUGACAGCUGGGAGGUGGCCCGUGCUCUCGGGGAGCUAUCGGCCAGGCUGCUGUCCAUCCACAGUGACCAGGAUCGGAUUGUGGUGACGUUUAAGACUUUUGAAGAAAUCUGGAAGUUUUCCACCUACCACGCUCUCGGCUUCACGCAUCACUGCCUGGAAAACCUGCUUGUGGACCAGACCUUCUGGCUGCUCGAGCCUGACGAGGACCAGGAGACGGCCAUCCAAGUCCACGUGGACGAGGAGGCCUUGAAGCGGACGCACGAGAGCCUCCUCUCCCAGGAAGGGCCUUUCUUUGUCCUGUGUCCUGACCGCCACGUGAGGGCGACGACUGGCCUCCAGCGCCUCGGGCAGCCCUCGGGGUUUCCGCGGGCAGAGGCGGCCCUGGCAGCGGACUCUUUGGCCCCCGGCCACAGCACGCCCUCAGAGGAGGGGACAGCGGUGGAGCCUUUGAUUCCGUUCCAUCAGUGGGCUCUUAGGGUCCCCUGGGACCCCAUCAACGACUCCAUGGGUGGACCUGUGACGCCGGACAUCCAGCCGAUGGCUGUGGGCCUGGCCUUGGCCGUGGCGGACUGCCAGGGCUCAGGGCCCGAAGAGAUGACCUUCCGAAGCGGUGACCACAUCGAGAUCCUGGGCGCCCAGGUGCCUGGCCUGCCCUGGUGCCUGGGCCGGCACGCGGCCUCGGGACAGGUCGCCUUUGUGCAGACGAGCCUCAUCAGCGGGCAGGGCCAAGCGUCUGACUUGGAAAAUGUGAUUUUUCUCAAUGAAGAGGAAAGGUCUUUCUUCAGCAGCGAAGGACGCUUUUCUGAGGAGGAUGCCAGGCAGCUACUGAGGAGGACGUCCAGCACGGACGUCUGCAGUGUGUACAGCUUGGACACAGAAGAAGCUGAGAUGGAGCCGCAGGAAGAACACGAGAUGUCCCCGCCUUGCCUGCACCCAGAGCCACGUGAGACCCUGCAGAAGGUGAAGAAUGUCCUAGAACGAUGCAAGUCCUGCCGGGGCUGCCCCAAGGAGCCAGCGUCCCUGGACAUCCAUGGGGCGUCUGAUGGUGUGAGCUCACCGGACACCAACUCGCCGGACACCAAGAAAUCCUCCUUCUGCCUGGACGCCGGGGAUGUCCGGGCUGACCCAGAGGCCCUGCACUCCCUGCUGCUGUUCCUGGACAGGCCUGGCUUCGAGACCGGCUUCCAGGGCCUGUAUGAGCUCUCCCCACCCGGGCUGGGCGGCGUGUUCGGAGGCUUCACCGAUGAAGAGGAGCUGGCCCAGCUUCUGGCUGAGGCCCGGGGCGUGGCCAAGAAGGCCGGGCUGCCCAUGGCCCUGGCCAGGCUGUGCUUCCUGCUGGGGCGGCUGUGCGUGCGGCGGCUGAAGCUGUCCCAGGCCCGCGUGUACUUCGAGGAAGCCCUGGGGGCGCUGGGGGGCCGCUUCGGAGACCUCGUCCUGGUGGCGGCCGUGUACACCGGCCUGGCAGCCGUCCACCUGCGGCAGAAGAACAGGGAGAAGUGUGCGCAGGUGGUGCCCAAGGCCUUGGCCCUGCUCCUGGGGACGCCCGGCCACGUCGGCGGCUCCGAGGCCGAGUCGGGGCUCCUGAAGCUCGGCCUGCGGAGGGCUAUCGGCGCCCGCAGCCCGCAGGCCGAGGCCCGGGCCUGCUUCCUGCUGGCCGAGCACCACGCCCGCGGCAAGCGGCCCGAGGAGGCCCUGCCCUUCCUGGAGAGGCUGCUGCAGCUGCAUGGGGCCUCGGGGGCCUCGGGCGCCGCGUGGCCCAUAGACUGCUACCUGCUGCUGGCGGACGUCUACAGCCGCAAGUGCCUCCCGCACCUGGCCCUGAGCUGCGUCAGGGUGGCCUCGCGGCGGGCGCGGGGCUCGCUGGACAGCGCGCUCCGGAGCGCGGCCCUGGUCCUGCGGAGCAGCCCCCAGCUCCCCCGCCCCCCCGCCCAGCUCGCCCCCUACCUCCUGCAGGCCCUGGCCUCCCCGGCCUCGGGCGCGGGGCGGGCGCUGCACGGCCCCAUCUACGCCAGCCUGGCCCUGCUGCACAGCCAGCACGGGCGACAGGGCAGGGCCAUUGCCUUCAUGACGCGGGCCGCGGAGACGGACGCCCCGACGGGCGGCCGCACGGUCGUGGACCGCCUGGUGGCCCUCGCCUGGUUGCACGUGCUUCACGGGCAGAUCCCGGCAGCCCUGGACAUCUUGGAGUCCGUCCUGGAGGCGGCGGUGGCCGCCCUGGACCAGGAGGGCGUGAUGGCCAACAUGGUAGCUAUUGCCCUGAAGAGGCUGGGGAGGACUCGGCAGGCGGCCGAGGGCUACUACCGCGCCCUGCGGGUUGCCAGGCGCCUGGGUCGCCAGCGGGACAAGGCGGUGGUCCUGGCCAACUUCGGGACCCUGUGUCUGCAGACCGGCGCCGGCAGGCUGGCCCAGCACUACUUCCUGGAGGCCGUGAAGCUCUUCUCGCGGCUGCCCAGCAGAGAGUGCGGCCCAGACUUCACCCAGGUGCUCCUGCGGCUGGGUCACCUGUGCACCUGCAGGGCCCUCGCCCGGCAGGGCAAGUGCUACUACGAGUGGGCCUUUCUGGUGGCCGUGGAGACGGACCAUUUGGAGAGCCAGCUGCACGCCGUCCAGCGGCUGUGUCACUUCUACAGCACGGUCAUGCCCAGCGAGACUCAGUGCGUCGUCUACCACGAGUUCCAGCUGUCGCUGGCCCGCAGGGUGGCCGACAAGGUGCUGGAGGGGCAGCUCUUGGAGGCCAUCAGCCAGCUCUACCUGUCCCUGGGCACCGAGAGGGCCUACAAAUCGGCGCUGGACUACACCAAGCGUAGUCUGGGGAUAUUCAUCGACCUGCAGAAGAAGGGUAAAGAGGCCUACGCCUGGCUGCAGGCGGGGAAGAUCUACUACAUUCUCCAGCAGAACGAGCUGGUGGAUCUCUACAUCCAGGUGGCACAGAACGCGGCCCUGUACACAGGGGACCCCAAGCUGGGGCUGCAGCUCUUUGAGGCGGCUGGAGACAUCUUCUUCAACGGGACCUGGGAGCGGGAGAAAGCUGUGUCCUUCUACCGGGACCGGGCGCUGCCCCUGGCCGUGACCACCGGGAGCCAGGAGGCCGAGCUGCGGCUCUGCAACAAGCUGGCAGCGCUGCUGGCCGAGACGGAGGCGCCGCAGGAGGGCCUGGAGUUCGCCCACACGGCCCUGGCGCUGAGCGUCACCCUGGGGGACCGGCUGAACGAGCGGGUGGCCCACCACCGGCUGGCCGCCCUGCACCAGCAGCUGGGCCACGCGGAGCUGGCCGAGCAUUUCUACCUCAAGGCCCUCUCGCUCUGCGCCUCGCCGCUCGAGUUUGACGAGGAGACCCUGUACUACGUGAAGGUGUACCUGGCGCUUGGAGACAUCAUCUUCUACGACCUCAAGGACCCGCUCGACGCGGCCGGGUACUACCAGCUGGCGCUGGCGGCGGCCGUGGACCUGGGCAACAAGAAGGCGCAGAUGAAGAUCUACACGCGCCUGGCCGCCAUCUACCACAACUUCCUCCUGGACCGCGAGAAGUCCCUGUUCUUCUACCAGAAGGCUCGGACCUUUGCCACCGAGCUCAACGUCCGCCGGGGACACCUGGGCCCCGGGCGGUGCUGCGGGCGGGCGGCCUGGCUGGUCCCCGGGCCCCCGUCCUGAGCCGUGGCCUCCGUCUGUCCCGGUGUCUCAGGGGGCUUGCUUCCCGGGAAAUGGGGGCCCAAGGGCAGGGGUCAAAUAGCAAUAAAUGUUUUU